AUGACAAAACUCGGACGCGUGCCGACAGACGUCGAAUUCACAUACAAGAACAACAACGACUACAGUCUUCAACUUACUCGUUGGUUCUUAAUGCCGAUCGCAGCCUGGCCACGUGCGAGCACGUCGACGACGAUAGACAGGCUUUCCUCACGAGCGCAUAUUCUCGCUUGCACUUUUCUGAUAGUGAUCAUCAUGGUGCCGUGUUUGUUGUACGUGUCGCUGGAGGAGAAGGACGUUCAGAUGAAACUGAUCGCCAUGGGUCCGCUGAGCCAUUGGAUUAUGGGCACGAUUAAUUAUUGUCUGCUGCUGACGCGCGGCGGUGACAUUCGCGAGUGUGUCCAGCACAUGGAGACGGACUGGAGGCUAGUACGGAGGUUCAACGAUCAAGGAGUGAUGCUGCGAUACGCGAAAAUCGGCCGCUUCGUCGCCGGGUUCUGCGCGAUCUUUAUGCAGAGCGGCACGUUCCUCUUCACCGUGGCCAAGGCGAUGACAUCUAUACCCGUCGUCAUCGGCAACGAGACCAUGUCGAUGCACCCGAUGACUUGUCCGAUCUACAGCAAGUUCAUCGACACGAGAUUUAGCCCGGCGAAUGAGAUCAUGCUGGCGGUGCAGUUGGUGUCGUGUUUUAUAGUGAAUUCGGUUACUGUGGGCGCGUGCAGUCUCGCCACAGUCUUCGCCAUGCAUGCUUACGGGCAACUAAGCAUGUUGUUCUCGUGGUUGAACGAACUUGUCGCCGACGGGGAUAAGGGAAACGAGCUCGCGGAGCAGAGACUGGCCGUCAUCGUGGAGCAUCACUUGAGAGUGCUGAGUUUUAUAUCGCGUAUGGAGAAUAUUAUGCAAUAUAUCUGUCUUGUGGAAUUGGUGGGGUGCACGAUGAAUAUGUGUUUACUUGCAUAUUAUUCUAUUACGAAUUGGAGUGAUUUCGACGGGGCGAAAAUAACGUCGUAUGUUAUGGUAUACAUAUCUAUGGCUUUCAAUAUUUUUAUAUUUUGCUUCAUCGGCGAGAUUCUCACGGAACAGUGCAAAAAUGUCGGCGAAAAAGCAUACAUGACCAAUUGGUAUGAAUUAUCGCACAAGACUGCCCUCGGUCUCGUUUUGAUCAUAGCGCGAUCGAGUAAUGUUAUCAAGAUAACAGCCGGAAAAUUAUUUCAAUUGUCUAUCGCAACUUUUGGUGAUGUAAUUAAGACUUCUGUGGUAUAUUUAAAUAUAUUAAGAACGAUGACACCAGCCACAUAA